AUGGCGUUCGACAACCAACCGCGGCUCCCUCUGCCCCACGGUCUUGGGCAGAAAAAUGGACCGAACGAAGGGGCCCCGGAACCAACCGCCCAACCCGAAAGAGGAACGACCGGAAGAGGACGCGACCGCCGCCCACCGCAACUGCUCAACGGGGACAACUUCGCAAUGAUUCCCGUAAGAUACCACCCAUACUCAACUGCGCGGAGAAGCCAGGUGGGACGGACCCUGCGCCCGCCGAACUGGGGAAGAAUUCGCUUGCCGACUUACCAGAAAGAUUUCUACCAUGAACAUACCAGGAAUUCGCAGAGAUCACCUGAAGAAGUGGAAGCCUACCGGAACGCCAACGAGAUAACCGUCAAGGGACUCGGCGCCCCCAAGCCCAUCCUGCAUGUCGACGAAGCGGGCCUUCCAGAAAUCAUAACAAAGGCAAUCGAGAACCUCAAUUCCGGCUCCACGCCGACCGCAUUGCAAGCUCAGUGCUGGCCUAUAGCGUUCAGCGGCAGAGACCUCGUGGCCUUUGAUUGCACAGCCACGAAAUGGAAGUCACUGGCCUUCCUCGUACCAGCCAUCGUCCAUGCACAAAGCCAGCCGUCUGUACUCGACGAUGGCGGACCUGCGGUGAUAGUGCUGACACUUACACGGGAGACGGCCCUGCGGUUUCAAGUUGCUGUUCAGGAGCUUAGCAAGGGAUUGGGGAUUCGAACGAUGUAUCUCCUAUCUGACGAACCGAAGAAGCCGCAGCUUCAGCAGCUGGAGGAAGGCGCUGACAUCUGCGUCGCGACUCCUGGCCGCCUCACAGCCUUCAUGGAGGAGGGAAAGGUAAAUCUGGGCCGUUGCACUUUCCUGGCUAUAGAUGAGGCCGACCGCAUGCUGGCGCUGGGGUUCGGCGAGAAUCUUCGGGCCAUCGCGGACAGCAUACGACCGGACCGACAGACGUUCGUGACGCUGACGUGCUUAACGAGGGAGUCGCGGCAGCUAGCGUGCCAGUUGACGAAGGCUCCCGUCGACGUCAGCGUCGGGACGGUGACGCAAGAGCAGCAAAUUCAUCGCGUAGAACACAUCGUCGUUGUUUGUGAGGAGGCCGAGAAGGAGAGCAAGCUGGUCACCCUGCUGAAGGACAUUCUUAGCGACGAGAGCGACAGAGCCAUCGUAUUUGUCGAGAUGAAGCAAAGGGUAGAAGACCUCGUGUUGACCUUGCGCAGUCGCGGCUGUCCAGCCGUCGGCAUUCAUGGCAACAAGACGGAGCAAGAACACCAGUGGGCGUUGGAAGCCCUGCGGUCAGGCAAAGCACCCGUCCUAGUAGCGACCGACGUGGCGACGAGGGCUGUGGAGCUGGACAACGUCCGCUACGUCGUCAGUUGCGACCACCCGAUACACUCGAGCGACUUGCUGCGCCGCUUCAGGCACGCUGCUCGGCCCGACGGGACGGGCAGGAUGUACACGUUCUUGAGGCCCAACGAACGCGUGCACGCCAAAGAGCUGAUGUGGUUCUUACAAGAAAACAAGCAGCCAUUGCCGCCACAGCUUCGUGAAGUCGCGAAGAAAAAGGCGACACGACAGUAA